GGGAGGCGGCAGCGGUUAGAGGCUUCGCCGGGCUUUGCAGCGGGGACUUCGGUGGCGGCGACGGCGGCGGCGGCGCCUCAGGCACCUCGGCCCUGACACAAUGAGGCGAGUGGUACGACAGAGCAAGUUUCGGCAUGUAUUUGGACAAGCGGUGAAAAAUGACCAGUGUUAUGAUGACAUCCGGGUUUCUCGAGUGACCUGGGAUAGUUCCUUUUGCGCUGUCAAUCCCAGAUUUGUUGCCAUUAUCAUAGAAGCGAGUGGGGGAGGAGCGUUCCUUGUGCUCCCUUUGCACAAGACUGGUCGGAUUGACAAAUCCUACCCCACAGUAUGUGGCCACACAGGACCAGUGCUUGACAUAGACUGGUGCCCACAUAAUGAUCAAGUCAUUGCCAGUGGCUCAGAGGACUGCACGGUUAUGGUGUGGCAGAUCCCAGAAAAUGGACUUACCCUCUCCCUGACCGAACCGGUGGUGAUUUUAGAAGGCCACUCAAAGAGAGUCGGCAUCGUGGUCUGGCAUCCGACUACCCGCAAUGUACUUCUUAGCGCAGGCUGUGAUAAUGCCAUCAUCAUCUGGAAUGUGGGGACGGGGGAAGCCCUUAUAAACUUGGAUGAUAUGCAUUCAGACAUGAUUUACAACGUAAGCUGGAACCGGAAUGGCAGUCUGAUCUGUACAGCUUCCAAAGACAAGAAAGUGAGAGUAAUCGAUCCUAGGAAACAAGAGAUUGUUGCUGAGAAGGAGAAAGCACAUGAAGGAGCAAGACCUAUGAGAGCCAUCUUUCUGGCUGACGGGAAUGUCUUUACCACUGGUUUCAGCCGCAUGAGUGAGCGGCAGCUGGCUCUCUGGAAUCCGAAAAAUAUGCAGGAACCAAUCGCUCUUCAUGAAAUGGACACUAGCAAUGGGGUGUUGCUGCCCUUCUAUGACCCCGACACCAGUAUCAUUUACUUAUGUGGAAAGGGUGACAGCAGUAUUCGCUAUUUUGAGAUCACAGAUGAAUCCCCGUACGUCCACUACCUCAACACAUUCAGCAGCAAGGAGCCUCAGAGAGGGAUGGGCUACAUGCCCAAGAGGGGACUUGAUGUUAACAAAUGUGAGAUUGCCAGAUUCUUCAAACUUCAUGAGAGAAAGUGUGAGCCUAUUAUCAUGACUGUUCCCAGGAAGUCCGACCUUUUCCAAGAUGACCUGUAUCCUGACACAGCGGGGCCUGAAGCAGCGCUGGAGGCAGAGGAGUGGUUUGAGGGGAGGAAUGCAGAGCCAGUCCUCAUCUCCUUAAAGCAUGGAUACAUUCCCGGCAAAAACAGGGAUCUCAAGGUGGUCAAGAAGAACAUUCUGGAUAGCAAGCCCACUGCAAAUAAGAAGUGUGACCUGAUCAAUGUCCCUAAGAAAACCCCAGACAUGGCCAGUGUGCACAACGAAGCCAAGUUGGAUGAGAUUUUAAAAGAGAUCAAAUCUAUAAAAGACACAAUCUGCAAUCAAGAUGAGCGCAUUUCCAAGUUAGAACAGCAGAUGGCGAAGAUCGCAGCCUGAAGGUCCACCCCCCCACCCCCAAAAUGGGAGCAGGAACUUGUGCUUGGUAGCUGGUUGUUGGCGUGGUCCCAGGGAGGGCGAAAGGGAGGCACUGCCAUUCGGAGACAUUCUGUGUCACAUUUGUCAACCAGCGAUAGGCCACAUUCCAGUAAGAACUCAAUUCGUCUCUCAAAUUUGCAGAAACAAAAUGUGAUUUAAAAUAGCUGAGCUUUUUAUCAGAAAGCUUUUUUGAUGUUUUAAGUGUUAUGUGACUUGUCGAACUUUUAAAAGACAAAAGUGCUACUUUUAAAAUCCCAGAUAUUCUGAAUUUUAGAAAACCAACCAAUUCUGAUUCAGUGUCAUGCCCAAGUACCUUUUUUUUAUGAAUAGGGACCAAUGCCACAUUGCUUUUUAUAUUUCUUUUUUUUUAAUGUUGCCAAAACCAAAAGUAGCUUCCCCCCCCCCCCUUGUAUUUUACUACUUUGCAGUAUUUGUGUGUGUGUGUGUGGUUUUUUUUUCCUUAAUUUGAAAGGGACAGCACUGUGUAUGUUUAUAAACUAAAUGAAGAUAAGAUAUUAUUUUGUAUACACGUUCAUCUGAGAACAAUCAGAGCAGUAGCCACAUGGUGCUGGCUCGUUUGCAGCACAAACCUGGUCAUCCUCAUGACUGUACAGAAGGAAGACUUGAAAAAUCACGUGGGUUCGCAUCACCACCCUCUCCUUUCAUGGAGUCUUCUGAUCAAAAAAGCUCCUAUUGUAUUGUUUCCUUUCUUCCCUCUCUCUUUUCUAGAAACUGGGUGGUUGUACCAGAAUGGAAUUUCACUUCUUGAUUAUCCUGUGCUUCAGAUGAUUAUAAUCUAACCUAAACUA